AUGUUUUUAUUCGAAUUUUGAUGUAAUGUGCUCUCAAACGCACGUUCAGCAAAUAUCGCGUUGUGUUACAUCAGACGGCUGACGAAAUCGGUGACCCGUAUGUCGGGAGACGUUCAGUGUGCUAUAUAAGGAGCAUCGUCGUCUAUUGAAUCAGUGGAACAAUACGAACGCAAGUAUAAACAGUAAGAAUUACAGGGAUUCACUUGUUAAAUUUAUUAAAAAGAGGUUUACUCAAAACUCUGGUAUAAAAGUGUCCGAUAAAAGGAAUAAAAAUGUGGGGUUUCUCAUCAUAUGUUCCCAAAACAAGUAAUUCGUUCUUCGGACAUAGAAACCAUUGGAAAAACAAAACAACUUUCACGGAUGAAUGGGAGAAUAUGAUAGAACAGGGAUCGUCACCGAAAGAAAUUUGGCAGUCGCGGUACGAGGAAGUGAACAAAAUAAAUCAAGACUUUUCCCGGAAAAUCGACAUGAAAUCAGAACGCAGGAAAGAGCAGAUGUCUCCCGACAUGAACGCUGCCGUAGAGCAGACGACACUCAUUUUCGGGAAAGGCUACGUGCAAGAAAUGCAGGGCCGCUGGGAAAAGUUUCAGGAGACAGGGAAACCCGCCUCGGAAUUCUGGACCCAGGAGAAAGCUUCUUUUGAGAGUAACCGACACUGGUGGCGCCGGGGCCACCAUACCCACCACAGGGACAGGUGCUGCACCGGCAGGAAGGACAAGGAGGAGUCGGCCAUGUUUAGGGAGUUCGAUUUCUAGGACUGUAGGUGCUAUAGUUAAUAAUUUUAUAUUAUUGACAAAAUAUCCAUUUCUAUACUGUAUGUUUUAUGGUUGUAUUAUCAACCCGGUGCUUCAUGUAACAUUAUAUAAAUAGUGCCUGUUUGGGAGGGUAACAGUUGAAAUUGACACCCCGAGAAAACCAUUGUCAACCGACGCGAAGCGGAGGUUGACAAUGGUUUUCGAGGGGUGUCAAUUUCAACUGUUAUCCUCCCAAACAGGCACUAUUUAUUUUGUUAUACUGAAUGUCUUUUUUAAAAUUUUUAAGAAAAUUUUACUGCUUUUAUAUAGGAAUAACGUGAAUUCUACAGCGAACCGUACGCGCAUAACUUUCGCGCAUGUAACAUUUUUUAAUGUUACCCGUUGCCAAGUGCGUUGCUAACGCUGAGGGUAAUAGUAAAUAUUAUUAACUGCGUCUUAACCAAUCAGAUUUCAGUAUUUAACAUGAAAGUAUAACAAAUACGCAUAUUGUUUGUAUUUCAUGUACAUGUAUAUAUGCAGAUUUAUUGUUUAAUUUUUAUAGUGUUACCUUUUUAAAACAUUAUUUCAUCACAAUUUAUAAUUUUGUUGAAUAAAAUUGAUGUAAAAAGCAAAA